UCUACGCUCACCAAGAAAGUCCUGAAAUCGAGAGUGUUUGAAGAAGCUUCUUCAUCGUGGCCUUCAAUUUCAAAUUGGAAGCCUCUAGGGGAAGUUUGCGAUCAUAAUGACAGCCUUGGCGUCGAAAGUGCUGUUGUUUAUUGCAUUCCUUUGCGUUUACAUCGGUGGAAUUAGAGGAAGACCAAACAUUUUGGAAGAUACGGCCACAGUAGAAAAUCAAAAAAAAUUUGAAGAAAGCGAUCUGUUGAAAAGAUCAAAGGCAAACAGUGGAGGGCAAGGCAAAGACCACAAAGAAAACAAGGGAAAGAAAAAGCAAGUAAUAGAUGCUUACCACCUCGGGCCCUACCACCAUGGCCACCCUUGGGGUACUGUCUCACAGUGGCCGGGAUUUCACUGGGGAGGACAUCCAUCCCGUCAUGCAGGAUGGACUGGGUAUCCGUCACUUGGAGGAUGGCACAAGUCUCACAUUUCCAAAAAAAGUCCUAAAAAGCCAGCGCAAAAAGCACUCUUAAAUCGUCGCAUGCUACCGACAUUUGCCUUUCCAGCUUAUGGUUAUGCUUAUCCGUCUUUAGGGUUUGCUGCAGUGCCAUUUACGCCCACACCUAUUCCCUGGGGCCAGGGAUACUACCGUUCCAACAUCUCUGAGAAAUCAUCAGAAGGACAAACCAGAUCCUCCGUGAAACACACUGAAGCUAACAAGAGAUGGUGGCCGGGAUACAUGGCAGGUUGGGGUGGAUGGGGAUUAGGAAAUGAAGGAUAUCCGGGCUGGGGUGCUUUAGGCGACUGGGGGCGUGGCUAUGAUUUUGGAGGUUUCGGUCAUGGAUGGGGCAUGUUGGGUUCUGGCCAAAGCUAUCAUCCUCUUCUGAGAGCAGAGAUCCCCGGAAAGCAAAGCAAGAAAGAUAAAGCAGAAAAACGUUGGUGGCCUGGCUACAUGGGUGGUUGGGGAGGUUGGGGACCGGGAAACGGUGGUUACCCAGGAUGGGGACCAUUAGGCGGCUUCUGGGGUCAUGGGUAUGGGUAUGGUCUAGGAAUUAGACACGGUCUUGCUUUUCGCUCAGAAGUUCCUAGUACAGACGAUAAAGAAAAGAAGAGCCCAAAGCGAGAAUUCAUACAUGAACCAUUUGCAGGGAUUGACUUUUCCUGGUCAGGCUAUGGACCAUUUACGGAUUACGAAUAUCCCUUUUUUGGUCAUAGUCAGUACAUUCCUUAUCCUUUUGCACUAUAUGGGGAUUUAACACCAUUUUACGGGUUUGGCCCGACUCCGGCCUUAGGAUAUGGCUUCCCUGGAGACCAUGGGUUUUUUAAGUCAAAUAUUCCAAAUGGAAAAUCUAAAAAAAUAGAAAAAGAACUAAAAAAGGAAGAGAAAGCCACUGGCAGACACUUUGUAAAUAAUUUUCAUCCAGGUCGAAUGGGAUGGGGAGGAGCACUGUACCCAGGUCACGGUUACCAGGCCGCCUUUCCUUUGUUAGGUGCUCAUUCGUAUGGCCUGUAUGGUGCAGGCUUUUACGGACCGUAUGGUCCUCCUCAUGGGGCAUUUGGUCCUUACUAUAGAUCAGGCAUUCCUGGCUCUUUGGAUGAAAAUUCUCAGAGUAGGCAAGUGAUAAACUACAAUCCAGGCUGCUGUGGAUGGGGGGGAUGUGUACAUCCCGGUUGUGGUUAUAUUGGUGGGUGGACCUGGCCUCUUCCAUGUCAUUUCCGUCACUGUGGCUGUGGCUGCCCAUGCUGGACACGAUCAAAAACUCCCAAGAAGCAGGCUCUAAAAGAAGAAAAAGGAAAGUCUAGACAAGAAAUAGAAAAUCCAGGAGAGGAGGAGAGUAGCGAUAGUAAAGAAGAUCCACGAACACGUCCUCAUCUGGAGGGCGCCGACCUGCUAAACUCAGAAAUGCAGAGCUUGGCUAUGGGAUUUCCAGGAAUUGAGAAACUUCAAACACCUAUGGGAUUAUCAAAUAGCCCAGGAGUCCAAGGUUUUAAUGAUCAGGAAAUGGAAGCUAAUGGAGAACACUCGUCACCCGAACCAGCGGAGACAACUGAAAGUUUGGCUGGUAUGAGUCCUGACGAAGGAGCAAAUGCCCUCAGAGCAGCUGCAAUGGGCAGCAUGGGGCAGCCACAGGAAGGCCAACAGCAACCGUCCGAAGAUUUGAUGUCUACUUUCAGCGCGAGUCCAUCAAAUGAGGGCGAAUCACCCAUGGAAGCCUUUGGAGAAACAGGAAAUCCAAACAUGUAUCCUGCCGAAGCGGAGGAGCAAACCACAGAAGCAGCCUCUAGAAGAGCCGAUAUUCCUGGUGAGAUGGCGAAAGAGCUAAUCAAGAAGCAGGCUGUGGCAUAUCCAUUCCACUACCUCUACCCAGGAUACAUGAUGGCUCAUGGAGUCAAUCCAUACUACCAUUACACCCCACUUAAUUAUCCCCAACACGUAAUGGCUUACCCUUCCACAUAUCCAUUGGCCAGUACUUAUGCGUCGCUUUAUCCCGCGGCCCAUGCUGGUCUUAUUCCACAAGCACAAGAAUUACCAUUCCGCGAUCGUCCCUCUCACUCCAUCCAUGUUGGAGCACCUAAUGUUAAUGUCGAUGUCCACACGACGCGUGAGCAUGUCGCUUCCAGUCCCGAGAAAGUGAAAAGAGGGAAGCUGAAACAAUUGGUUGGAGAGUUCUCGACAAAGUUAAAAUCUAAGAGCAGACGUCACCAAUCAUCUCAUGGGAAGAAAGUGAUGAAAAGGCAGAUAUCGCCGUUCAUAUCUCCAGUCAUGAGCCGACCAAUGGGAUUCCAACCUCUUAGAUACCCAGCAUCCAAUGCGCAGCCAGGCCUCACAGGAGCAAGGAUGUUUCCGUCUUUACAACCAUCACAACCGUUCGACAUCAGGGCCAUGAGUCGCUCUGGCCUUCCUGCAAUGUCAUCACCUGCUAUAGGAAUGUCUCCAUCGGGUUUCCCAGCCCCUAGAGUUCCUCAGAUGCGCUCUUCUUUGACGCCAUCUCAAAUGGCCUUUUCUCGACAACUGUCAAGUGUUACUGGUAUCAGCAUUCCAAUUGCUGCACAGCCUGGAAUGGGAAUAGUAGGGAUGGCUUCAAGGAAGAAACGAUCACCAUCAAAAAAGUCUUCGAAGAAGAAGGAUAAAACCACAAAACGACAAUUUUUGGCGGCUAUGCCUCAAGCGCUUUCCUCUGGAGGUUUACCAUCGUUCGGUUUACCGGAAUCACCGUUUUCAGGUGCUGCUUUUCCGUCAUUGCCAUUUGCACAGCCUCAACAACAAUUGAGUUUUAAGUCAUCCAUGAUGCCAGCUCUUCGUUCCAGGAUGGCUCCUACCGGACUUUCGGCAUUGAGAAUGGCCGGCUUACAGACGGAUCGUAUGCCAAUUCCAUUAUCACCCUUCAGCGGUUUCCCAUCACCCCAAAAUAACCCUUUCUUCAAGGUACCUCGAUUUCAGAGUGCAAAUUUUUUCAGUGGUACACCAAACGGUCCCUGGACUCCAAGCUCUUCAAUGAGAGAGCCCGUGUCAGAAAUGCCAAGUGCUUUAAUGAGAGAACAAAUGUCAGAAAUGCCAGGCCUUUCUCAACUUCCAGAGAGACGACCAGAGCCCAUGAUACCAGAAACACAGCAAAUGAGCGGAGAGCAAUUUGCAGGUUUUAAUCCUUCUAGCUUUGGUGUUCCUGAGCCACAACCAUCAGCCAUGUUUUCCCAAGAAGGAACGGAAUCUGAGGGAUCGCAACUUCCUAUGGUGCCCCAGAAGGAGAUGGCAUCAUUUUUCCAAGUCCCUGGAGGAGAAAUGAUGGAGUCGCGUACUUUCAACAUGCAACCUGGUCUUGCUGCUUUGAAGAAAUCUUCUGUUCCAGACAAAAAGAAUAAUAAAGAAAAAUCUUCCAAACCUCGAGACAAAUAACGUUAUAAAGCAAACAGAUAAAUCAAGGAGGUCAUAUGCAAGGAAACUCAACGUUGGCGCUGUGGAUAGUAAAGAUCACUGCAGAGGGAGAAAGAGAGAGCGAGAGAGAGCUCUCAUGAUAACUGGUUAAUGAAUAAGACUGAAGACUUGAUUUUAUUCACCUGAUUAUUUGGCAGUUCUUAUUUUUAACGGUUGUCAACAUGCAUGGAACCCUAAAAUGGGGAUUUAUCGAUCUAUAUCUACGGUCGUGAUUAAGGCCGCCCACUGCCCUCACUCGCAAAGUCUAAAUACACAGAUGACAUUAUAAACUUCUUCAUAACACAGGGAACAUUUUUAGAUUCUGAUUUUCUAUCGAAAGCCUGAACGACGUGGAUUAGAAGAUCUCCGCAUACUUAAAGAAAAAUUAGUUGUGUGCAUUGCUAGUUGAGCGCUGCUAGAUCAUAAAAUAUAAAUAGAAUGUUUCCCGAGGCAAUUUUGAAGAAAACACAAAAUAAACUAAGAACUAUGA